UUGGUAAGUCACAGCAGAUGGCAGCUGGGACAAAACUUUAUUCAAGUCACCAAGACCUCCUCUACCUUGCUUCCGGGGAAAGGCCAUAAGAAGUAGACUGUAUUUUUAGUUUAUUUCAGUCUCAGCUUAUCAGACUUCUUGAGCCAAGUGCUAACAAAUUUCCUUUGAAGACCAACUUGCUAGAGACAGGUUAUCUGAAUCAUGCAGUGUAUACGGGAUAUCAGUGAAGAGGUCUGGAAGGACUGUAUCACUAUGCUCCUACAGACUGGGAUUAAAUGCUUGUUAAUUCGAGACAAUCUGUAUGCUGAAGGCAACAACACCAUGGACCUGCGCACCAAAGGCCAGAGUCGGAGCAGCCGGGCAGUGACAGUAGUUCAGAUCGAGUCUGUAUGGCUUGUGGUGAUUGGACAAAAAGGAACAGAAGGAGGGCCUCUCAACCUCAAAGCUUUUGAGAUGGCAGGUUAUAUCAGAGAGGCCAUUCAGCAACACGUGGCCCAUUUCUAACGAAAUAAAAAAGAGUCGAUGUCUGACCU